CAUGACAUCGGACGAUCGGUCGCCCGGCACGGCCGUCUGGGCGCUGGCCCCGCGCGCUCCGAUGGGACGCGAGACGCCGGCCCCAGGCUAACCCGAGGCGCAUCGCGGGCGGCGCGCUGGAAGCUGUGAUCCCGGACCGGGGCUGGGCUCCGCCGCGACCGCCGCGGCCCGACUCCACCGGACAGGCCAGAGGAGCCCAUUUUUGCAGCUCUCACGUUUUUGCAGAAUGCUGUAAACGAUUGUCACAGCUGUUUCUCAAGAAAUAGAAAGUGUGGCACCCUCUUCCUCACAACAGAACUUUCACAGUUGUGUUCAAUGCCUAACGUUGCAGAAGCAGAAGGGGCAGAUGAUUCUGGAAAUGGUGAGCACAAAUCCGAGAGAAGGUCUCCCGAAGAGAGCCUGCAAGGUGCCGUUCAAUCUUUCUGCACCCGCGCCUCCGGAGAACCCCUGGGUCCCAGAGGGGAUGGUCAUUAUCCGUGGAGCUGUCCAGUGACCCACACUCGGGAGAAGAUUUACGCCAUCUGUUCAGACUAUGCCUUUCUCAACCAGGCCACCUCAAUCUAUAAAACUCCAAAUCCAGCUCGUUCUUGCCUCUCUGAUAGUACCUCUUUAUCUGCGGCAAAUAAUUCCUCAAGGUACAUUGGCAUCUCAGCCAGUACGUCGGACAUCAUCUACAACGAAGAAAACAGCUUGGAGAACUUAUCCAACAGCCUGGGCAAGCUACCUCUCGCGUGGGAAAUUGAUAAAUCUGAAUUUGAUGGAGUGACCACUAAUUUGAAACACAAAUCAGGCAAUGGAAAGAAGCAAGUUUCCAAGAAAAAAACAUCAGAUAAGAAAGGAAAACAUCAAAGGGAGUGGACUCAGUAUUCUCCUCUCGAAGAUAUUAAGCAGCGGAAAGUAUUAGACCUCAGACGAUGGUACUGCAUAAGCCGACCACAAUAUAAGACUUCUUGUGGCAUCUCCUCAUUAGUUUCUUGUUGGAAUUUCUUAUAUAGCACAAUGGGAGCUGGAAAUCUUCCAGCCAUCACUCAAGAAGAAGCUUUACAUAUUUUGGGCUUUCAGCCUCCGUUUGAAGAUAUUAGGUUCGGCCCCUUCACUGGAAAUACAACACUUAUGAGGUGGUUUAGACAAAUUAACGACCACUUCCAUGUAAAAGGCUGCUCAUAUGUUCUAUAUAAGCCUCAUGGGAAGAAUAAAACAGCUGGAGAAACUGCAUCUGGGGCCUUGUCGAAGUUAACUCAUGGAUUGAAAGAUGAAUCGUUAGCUUAUAUCUAUCAUUGCCAAAAUCAUUAUUUUUGUCCAAUUGGCUUUGAAGCAACCCCUGUUAAGGCGAAUAAAGCAUAUAGCAGGGGUCCCCUCACACCACAGGAAGUAGAAUAUUGGAUCUUAAUUGGAGAAUCGAGUAGAAAACAUCCUGCUAUUCACUGUAAAAAAUGGGCAGAUAUUGUUACUGAUCUGAACACUCAAAAUCCAGAAUAUCUAGAUAUCCGGCACUUAGAGAGGGGCCUGCAGCAUCGAAAGACAAAGAAGGUUGGAGGAAAUUUGCAUUGCAUCAUAGCAUUCCAGAGACUUAGCUGGCAAAGAUUUGGCCUUUGGAACUUUCCCUUUGGAACCAUUAGACAGGAAUCACAGCCUCCAACACAUGCCCAGGGAAUUGCCAAAUCUGAGAGUGAGGACAAUAUCUCCAAGAAGCAGCAGGGGCGCCUGGGCCGGUCUUUCAGUACUGGAUUCCAUCAGGACUCGACGUGGAAAAAGAUGUCCAAUAUUAGCAUCUGGUUAAACCAGGCUCUUAAAGGAGUCCGCGAUCGCCACGGGAAUUCGAUAGAAAACGCCCAUCUUCUCACUUUGUUCCACCGACUCUGCAAACUCUUAUUUUUCCGAAUUCGUCCUAUUUUUGUGUUUGAUGGGGAUGCGCCACUGUUGAAGAAACAGACAUUGGUAAGAAGAAGGCAUAAAAAGGACUUGGCCACCAGUGACUCCAAAACAACUACAGAGAAGCUUUUGAAAACAUUUUUGAAAAGACAGGUUAUCAAAACUGCCUUAAAAAGCAAAAGGGAGGAAACCCUUCCCAGUCUUACUCAAGUUCAGAGAGAUGACAUCUAUGCUUUGCCACCUUUAAAAGAGAGAGAGAAAAACAGUUCAGAAGAGGAGGAUGAAAAAGAAUGGCAAGAAAGGAUGAGUCAGAAACAGGCAUUACAGGAAGAGUUCUUUCACAAUCCUCAUGCAGUUGACAUUGAGUCUGAAGAUUUCAACAGCCUGCCCCUUGAAGUAAAGCAUGAAAUCUUGACUGAUAUGAAGGAAUUUACUAAGCGGAGAAGAACAUUAUUUGAAGUGAUGCCAGAGGAGUCUAAUGACUUUUCACAGUACCAGCUAAAAGGCUUGCUUAAAAAAAACUAUCUAAACCAACACAUAGAAAACGUCGAGAAGGAAAUGAAUCAACAACAUUCAGGGAAAAUCCAAAGGCAGUAUGAAGAUGAAGGAGGCUUUCUGAAGGAGGUGGAGUCCAGGAGAGUGGUCUCCGAGGACACGUCCCACUACAUCUUGAUAAAAGGUGUUCAAGUUAAGAAAGUCACAGAAGCGGAUUCAGAGUCCCUUCCUUCUUGCAGCGAAAAGCAUAGUGGGGCUUUAGACACGAAGUCACCUCCGUGUGAAAAACUGAAGCCAAAGAAAGAACCCGACACCUCCCCUCCCUCCCCCAGAACCUUGCUGGCCAUGCAGGCUGCUCUGCUGGGCAGUAGCUCAGAAGAUGAGCUGGAGGGCAAGCAUCGCAGGCCGUGCGAUGUGAAGAGCCCACCAGCUCCCGCCUCUGAGGGUUCUGUGUCCCCGCUGACCCUCUUGGCCAUUCAGAGAGCUCUCGAUGACGACGAUGAAGAUCUGAAAGUGCAUGCCGGUGUGCAGACAGAGGGGGCGGGCAGGAGAAAACCAAGACCGCUGGUGAGCAGUUCUGAUGAGGAAGCUGUGGAAGAACCUGAAGUGAGAGAUGGAGACCAAGAGCUGUUGACGGCAGCGCCUCGUGCUGCCAGUGUGACCCUCACAGAGGAGCAUGUGACCAAGACCAGUGAUGAAAAAGAGCAGACAGACUCAGCUCCUUUACUGCAGACUGUCUUUUGUCAAGGCAGUGAGUCUAGCUUUCCAAAAGAACAGACGCCAUCUAUGCACGCGUUGAAGGAACCCUUUCAGACCAGCGCUGAGUCUACAGCUCAGGAUGGAAAAGAUCUGGUGCCACACAGGGAUGUGCCUGGGCUCCCGGGGGGACCAGAGCAGAUACCAACACCUCCGGCAAGUCCAAGUUCUGGGUCAAGGAGUGGGACAUACACCAGAGUGUCCAAGCCACAGCAGGCUCUUCCAUCCGAGAGUAAGCAUGACACCUCUGUUCUAUCAAGUGAUGACGAAGCAGAAUCUGAAAAAAAUCCUGCCCCUGACAUCGUUGGCACCACCAGUUUGCAAGAAUCGAGUAACAUCCUGAGUGUCGCUAUAGACACAGUAAGUGACUUAGGAAAUGAGGCACCUAUUAGUGCCCCAGAGCAUGAGAAUUUCUUGAAAACCAUCCAAGAACACGAGUCCGUUGAAUCUGCAGGCCAGGGUUUGAUUUUGGUGCCAGAGUCCACGGAACCAACGGAAGUAGACUCCGAAGACAGUGAAUCCGACGGAAGUUUCAUUGAAGUGCAGAGUAUAAAUAGCAGUGAUGAACUUCCAGCCGAGUUACAGGAAGCUUCCAGACCUCCCUCUGGACAAGGUGAGGAGGAACCGACAAGAAGUGAGAAGGAAGAAGCCACCAGUGACUCCGAGGGCCUCCCAAGAGAGAUUUCUGAGAGUGAGGCCAUGGCUAUUGAGAGACGCGAAGAGACUGAGAAAAAUGCAGAGGAUUCGCUCCACGAGUGGCAAGACAUCGAUCUGGACGAGCUGGAAGCUCUGGAGAGCAACCUCUUAACCCAGCAGAAUUCACUGAAAGCUCAAAAACAGCAGCAAGAGCGGGUGGCCGCUACUGUGACGGGGCAGAUGUUCUUGGAAAGCCAGGAACUGCUCCGCCUCUUCGGCAUCCCCUACAUCGAGGCUCCCAUGGAAGCAGAGGCUCAGUGCGCCAUCCUGGAUCUGACCGACCAGACUUCCGGAACCAUCACCGACGACAGUGAUAUUUGGCUAUUUGGGGCACGGCACGUCUACAAAAACUUCUUCAAUAAAAACAAGUUUGUGGAAUAUUACCAGUAUGUGGACUUUCACAACCAAUUAGGAUUGGACCGGAACAAAUUAAUAAAUUUGGCCUAUUUGCUUGGAAGUGAUUAUACAGAAGGAAUACCAACUGUGGGUUGUGUUACCGCCAUGGAAAUUCUCAAUGAAUUCCCUGGACACGGCCUGGAACCACUCCAAAAAUUCUCAGAGUGGUGGCACGAAGCCCAGGAGAAUAAGAAGAUAAGGCCGAAUCCAUAUGACACCAAAGUGAAAAAAAAGUUGCGCAAGUUGCAACUCACGCCUGGCUUCCCUAACCCGGCCGUGGCGGACGCUUACCUCAAGCCUGUGGUGGACGAGUCCAAGGGGUCGUUUCUGUGGGGCAAACCCGACCUGGACAAGAUCAGAGAAUUUUGUCAGCGGUAUUUUGGCUGGAACAGGACGAAGACAGAUGAAUCUCUAUUUCCUGUAUUAAAGCAACUGAAUGUCCAUCAGACACAGCUCCGAAUUGAUUCUUUCUUUAGAUUAGCCCAACAGGAGAAACAGGAGGCCAAGGGUAUUAAGAGCCAGAGGCUUAACAGAGCUGUGACAUGUAUGCUGAGAAAAGAGAGAGAAGCAGCAGCCAGUGAGAUAGAAGCAGCUUCUGUUGCCAUGGAGAAAGAGUCUGAGUUCCUUGAUGAGGCGAAAGGAAAAACCCAGAAGAGAGGCACAGCAAAUAGAUGGGAAGAGCCAUCCAGCCCUAAAAGAAAGAGGCUUUUGGAUUCUAAAGGAGGGAACGAAAGUGGUGGGUUUUUGGGGGAGGCCUACCUCUCGCAGUCAUCUGAGGCCUCUUCAAGUGAGGAUGCGGAGUACUUCCCUGCGAUGGGUGUGCAAAGGGUGAAAGCACCCGGGGGGUCCAGAGCCCGCUCGUCAGAUGCACGGAGCACAGCACAGCCUGCUUCCCGGAGGGACGGCGGGACCACCACGAGCAGCUCCAGCGAGGACGACGAUGAAGGGAGGGCGAAGCCCAUCCUGGUGACCGCCAGGCCUGUGUUUGGGAAGAAAAAGAGGAGACGGAGAGGCACAAGAGGAAGGAAGUAGAAAACCUGAAUACCCAUGCAGCCUCUGUAAUUGGGCACAGCUUAAUGUUUGUGAUGAAUUUGUUGUGGGGAAAUAAUAAAAUUCACAGCAUUUGCACAGUC